CUAUGGUGGAAAAAAAUUAACAAAAAAGGACUAAUUUGCUCGGAAAAACACCCUUAUUUUUGUAUACUUGUGGCAACAAUGGCUUUUUAAACUAUUCCAACUAAUAAUUCAAUACCUAAGGUCACGUUGUCGUAUUUUACACUAGACCAGCCAGAUAUGUAGGACGUUCAUCAGGAGGGGGUUGCCAGUAGCAUGUCCACCCCACAGAACAAUAAUGGGCCUGGGCAGCAGUGGCCAGGGGACAGCAAGGCAGAUACGAAAUUGGCCAUGGAAAGAAAGGAGAAGACCAACAAGGCUAAUGACAGAAACAAACGGCCGCUGAGUUCAAGUUCAGGGUCUUCCUCCUCCUCCUCACUACCUCGCCAUACGAGCAAAAAGUCAGCUGCAGCAAUGUCAGUGUCAGAUCCAGGUCCUUGGUCAUCUCUUGUGGGGGAGUCGCCAAAGAAAGAGGUCUUACCGGAGCCGACUCAGAUGGAUACCGUGAGUGACGAUGAGUCUCAAGCAGACACGGAACCUCCGCCAGACAUGGAACCUCUGUUGGAGGAGUCUGAUCAGUCGGAGUAUGCGUCGAGACUUGAGCAGUCUGAUAGCUCGCAGUGUAUCACCGACAAAGUUGUGAAUGAGAUCUUGAUCACGGAGAGAACUUAUGUGAAAGACCUUGAGGAAAUCAUUGAGGGCUACUUGGAUUAUAUCAUUCACAACCCGGAGUUACCGCUGACCUCAAAGCAGGUCAGCGAGCUUUUUGGGAACAUUGAGGAUAUCCAUAGCUUCAAUAGCACACUGUUAGAAAAGCUAGAAAACUGUGACAUGUCCCCUGCUCUUAUUGCCCAGUGCUUUGUUGAUCACAAUGAGGGAUUCUCAAUAUACACAAAUUACUGUACGAAUUAUCCAAGCUGUAUGUCAACCCUGACCACCUGUAUGGGCGAGAAGGAGAUAGCCGAUGCAUUUCGCGAACGACAGCGGGCUUUACAACAUGCGUUGCCUCUGGGGUCUUAUCUGCUCAAGCCAGUUCAGAGAAUCCUCAAAUACCAUCUCCUGCUCCAGAGUAUGCUGAACAACUCGGAUGAGAACUCCCCCGAUUAUGCGACGAUAAAAGAUGCAUUCGACAGCAUGACAGGGAUGGCCCAGCACAUCAAUGAGAUGAAGAGACGCCACGAAGAUGCUGUACGCAUCCAAGAAAUUCAAAGUAUUCUGUACCAGUGGCAAGGCGAGGACCUUACAACAUAUGGUGAACUGCUUUUAGAGGAUUCAUUCAAAAUGCACGGUGCUAAAGGUCAUCGCCAUCUGUUCCUGUUUGAGAAGGCCAUGUUGAUCACCAAGAGGAAGGAAGAUGGCACGCAAUCGCUCAUCUGUAAAGAUUGUAUAAAGUGCUCCAAUCUCAUGUUGAUCGAGAGCAUUCCUAAGGAACCCCUGAGCUUCCAUGUGAUUCCAUUCGACAAUCCCCGUCUUCAGUACACGAUGCAAGCGAAGGAUCUCGAUCACAAGCGUAAAUGGUGUCACGAAAUUAAACGCUUGAUUCUUGAGAAUUACAGUGCCGUCAUUCCUGAGAAAGCCAAGGCGUUGGUCAUGAUGCUGGGAAAUGAAAAAGAGAAAGAAUCGACUCGUGAGCAUGCCGACACGAAACGUCACGCAGCUCCAGAAUAUCUCGAGAAGAGACGCGGUGCUAGGAGGAAGUCGGGUACUUUUAUACCAGAUUUUGUCCUGAAAUCUCAGAGAGGAAAGAAGGGCCAAAGAAAGCCGGGAUCAGAAUUUUUCUUACCAAGUCCUAAAAAUUCUCCUCCGUUGAGGCGGAAGAUGAGCACACCUAAUAUAAAGAUUCCUCCGCUCGUUCUUGAUCCCAUCAAGGAUGAGGACUCCACUGUUACACUACGUGGGCGGACGGGAAAGAAUCGGGAACGGCCACGAAGCAAGAGCAUUGACUACGGCAUGAACUUGCUGCACUUCAGGGAUCGCGGGGAGAAGAAACCUGAGAAAAAGUCGCCGGGGAAAGAAGCAGCGGAAAGUGCUGAGAAGACCAAUAAACCGACACAUUUGGAUGUUACGCCAAUACGCGGCGCGUACGGUGGGAGAGCCAGGCACGCGAAACGGCAUGCAAGUUUCAGGUUUGCCACAGCAGUUAAUCGCGUUGACUCCAACUCUUUUGGUGAGGAUUAUCGUCAGAAAUAUCACGGUCAGAUCAAAGAGGAGAUGAGUAGUUCGAUGGAGAGUUUAGACACCGACUUUGAUUCUGACAUGGAUGCAAUGGAGACCUCGCAGCGCUCCGGUAGUCUGCGGACCGUCCCUUCUGCUGAGGGGAGGCUGCAGACGGUUUCUGAUGAUGAGUACGUGACCUUGAUGGAUGAAGGUCAGAGUGCAAGGUCACAGCUGGGGACAGAGUGUGAUUCCGAGGAUGAUUACAUGACUUUGCGUUACAGUGCCUCCCUUCAAAAUACUGCUGCAGCAGCGGCAGGGGGGCAUCGCGACCGAUCUGGGGAUUACGUUGAGAUUGACUUUUCGAAAUAUCUAAUGGAUAGAUGGAAUGGUGCUAUGGGGAGAUCUGGGGACAAGGAUGACAAGAAUGGGAACAAGAGUGAUGACGGUGCUGCCUCUGAUAGCUCUGGGAAGGGUGUGUAUGACAAUGUGACAUUUGGCGAUGCCUACCGUAGACAUAUGGCUGGCGUAGCCGCGAGUGUUAAGAAAACUUCGAAAACGAGUGAUAGAUCGGAAUCACCUAUUUGGAAUCUCAAUAAUAGUAGCCAAGAAUCGCUGCCUGGUAGCUCAAAACAGGGAAAGGCUCACAAAUCAAGGACUCUCUCCUUUACUGAUGACUUUAACAGGAAACCGUCAGUAAAUCGCUCGCAUUCAUUCUCGGGAAUGCAUAGUGUGAAUACCGAGACUCCCGUACGUCUGACUUCUACACCACGAUUGUCUCUCUCAUCCCUCUUCCAAUCAAAGACCAAGAUAAGUCCACGCAGGGAAAAGGAUUUUCGGCCACCAUUAUCUCCACAGAAAUCAUACUCCGAAGGCCUGCGGUCCUUGAGGACGACUAUCAGCGAGCUGUACCAUACUCUUCCAAACUUGCGUUCCAAGUUACACAGCCAGUCUGAAGAUGAACUGGCGUCAAAUCGUAACAGAGACUUCCGUCAGUCCUGUAGCGCAGAAUGUAGCCCCGAUCACCGGCCGCAGCCGUUCUUCAUAAGCCCACCACUGAAUUGGGAAACGGACUCCCCGAUGACAAGUACGGAUGAUGUGCGUCCUAGUCCAGAUAUCUGGAACGAUCUGGAGGAAUACAUCGCUAACACUUCCGAUGGGCCGCUGCUCCCUAAGUUCCCGAUUCCAGAAGUUGCGCUGGAAGAGGGAGAAGAGCUUUUCCCACCACCAGAUUUAGCAUCUGAUGCGACCAGCCUGACUGGAUCUGGGCGGUCUUUGAUGGGAACUCUUAAGACAAAGGUCACGAAGGUGAAAUCUAAGAUUAGCAAUUUCCGCAGUAGUCGCCUCGGCAGUGAUUCCCAGAGUGGAUACCAGGUGAAUAAUGACGAUGGUAGUGAUUCUGAUGCGUUAGCCGAACGAGAAAGACAGAGUAAAUUGGUUUAUCAACUUGCGCGUUCGUACAGUGCCAAAUUGAGAAGAGAGAAGAAGGAACCAGGAUUUCUUGCACGCCAGUUUCAAUCGUUUAAGGAAAAUAAGUUUGACAGUGCAAAUGGUAAAAAUGGUUCUAACAAACCAAUCGAACUUGAUACAUACUUGCCGCGUCAUCGACCGCCGCGACCUCAAAGUAAUAAUCGCGAUAUCAUCAUCGGUGCUGCGUCGGUGCCGUCUAGCACCAUGCCGAGUAAAGAGUCGUCCCCCGAGAGGCAACUUUCAUUGGCGUAUCAUGACAUUGGGCAAUCUAAAUGUGAGGACUUGGGGACAAUGUCAGAUCCUGAGGGCGGGAACUUGGAUACCGGUGAGGAGUUUAUUCGAGGAUUAGAAAGUUUAGUGGUGCCAAAAGUGUUGGAGUCUGGAUCUGAUUUUCGUAAAGAUCCACCACCGAAAUCCCGCCUACGUUGCCAUGUUUCGUCAGGUGGUGGUGGCAAAGACGCUGGUAGCAGUUUUGACUCGGACUCUGGAGAGAAACCAUGCCACCACCAGGGCUUGACGAUCAAGGACACAAUAAAGAUGUUGGAGGAACGGAGCCAGAGUCGUGGUAACAAGCCCCCGUUACCGCGCGUCGUUGUCAACCGCCGGGAGAAAGGCCACAUGAUCAAGGAGCGUCUGCAAAAACUGGAAUCGAAUUGCAGUCCGGAAAGCCACCGGCGACGUAAUUUCUACGAGAGGUACUACCACACGAAGUAUGAAUCGGACUCUGAGAGCAUCCCGCGGAAGUCGAAGUCAUCUGACAAGCUAGGGGAGCGGCGCACACGUUCAGCCGAGAGACAUAAAGAUCGGGUCCUGAAUCGAACUCAUAGCGAUAACGAUACGACCGGGGGAGACUUGUCUGACAACCAAGAUCUGGAUCCUGAGGUGCUUGCCGAUAAUUUGAGAGGUUAUGUUCAGCAGGUUCUCGAUAGAUUUGAGUUCUGAUUGUCGUAGAACAGGUUUAGUGCGGUCCAUCCUGAUAUCGGUGGGUCAGACUUGCUACACACCAUGCGUAGUCCCAUCAAUUGACUGUGAGGAUAGACGUGCUAUAACCUGUUAGUGUUAGAACAAGUAUUGCAUUGAAGUAUUCCUAUGCACUUUUAAGAAAUAGCACCUUUUCAUCAUUGAGCUGGUUCAGUUUUCUUGCUGCUCUGGAAAACUCGAGAAAGUUCCUGGCUAAGUGAAUUGAAGUACAAAUGAAGAAACAGUCUUGACUCUCUGACCACCAGGUUGGAGGCUUUGAACCAUUGCAAAACUUUGUGCCAUUUACAUGUCUUCCAGCUUUAAACAUCUGAGAAAGCCACUCAGUUGGCUUAAUUUGCCCAGAUUGUGGCACAAUUUCUUAACCUGAUAAGUGUUUCUUAUGAAAUGAGUUAUUUCUAUCGUUUUGUUGUUCUUGGUGCUUAGAAUUCCAUUUUGUAGGCAGCUCUGAUUGAAAAGGUACAAAAAAAACUUCUGCAAUUUCAUAAACGGGUUUUGAGUUAGGACAAACCAAAAUAUUUUUUCUAAGCCAGGGGGAUGAGGAGUGAUUAUGUGCUCUACUAUGUGUUAUUUGAUACGCCUGUUUUCUAAUCCCAAUGAAAAGGGCCAGCCAUGACAACUAUUGGCCAGCUAGCUCAGGAAUUAUGUCGGUGAUGGUGAUGACCAAAAUGUUUAUCAUGGGACCAUUCGCCAUCAGUUUUGUAAGUUCCUCGUGUAAAAAUGUGCCCCUUCCAUCAAUGAUACCCAACAUUGUGUUUUAAAUCCUGACUAUGCUGUAUCAGAACAUUUGUAUCUGUCUGAGAAUAUUAUCAAUCACAGCGUCUUGGUGGAAGUUCUUUUUGUACCAUUUUCUUCUCUAAACUCUUCUGUAUUUUUAUCAACUUCAUCUAAAGGUCUGUGCCUUACUUGGUUUACAUAUAAAUUUCCGUUAUUCGUUGGGAAUAUCCCAAGUUCUCAAUUAUCCAGGGGAGAUGAGACACAGACGUCAGACUUGAAAGAGGUGACAGUCAUUUGCAAAAACAUGCCAUCACCCCACACAUAUACAUGUACUUCAUAAUUAACCAUAGGAACUACCAUUUUGGCUGGAACUUGAAAUCCUGAAGCAAUCAGACAUCCUUCAAAAUGAAAUGAAUGCCCAUUUAAAACCCUGGAGGCUGUUCUCAGGAAAACAAAGAACAUGUAUGUUUGCAAACUGCUCACGUCUGCAGGCUGUGACAUUGACAAGGUCAGCAGAAUUUGCCAAGCGGUAUAAAGUGUCUUGUCUCUCCUCUGCCUCUGUAAGUUUUCCAGUUAUAUGAAAUGUUCACAAUUUUUCAUUCGUUCACAUCCGUUCUUUUGAAUUUUUCAGACAAGUCCACUGGUUAGAGAUGUAAAACCGGUAUUUUAUAGAAAUCGUUGGCGACUCACACCUUCUUUGUCUAUGGAUACAUGAUGAGCGUGAUAGAAAUCGAUUCCCUGUUAAAAUUUGAACGUUUGAAAAAGUCCUGCAUUUUGGAGAAAUUUUGGAUUUUCAGACCAUUUUCCCUUCUCAAGUACCGCUCUAAUCAAUGGUAUAUCACCUCAAGUAAUGUGGCAUUGAAGGUGUUAGUGUCAUUUGUAGAUGGAGUGAAGUAUCUAGUGCAGUCUCACCUAAUACCACAUGUCGUAAGAGUACAGCACAAAAUAAAUGGCACGGGAACUUGAUUUUUUACUUCAGUUUUCUCAUAUCUUUUUAAAGCUUGUUUCAGUAUAUUGACUGAAUUUAUUUAUCCUUGUUCAGGAUGGAUUUUUCUUGCCGUACCAUCUCUUCCUUUAAUUCCAGUGAAUGAUCGAGUGAAUUUUACCAGUUUUACUGGAUUUUAAACCUUCAUUUUACAUCAGUUUACUCCUUUAUUUCUUUUUUGCAUUCGAGUUGUUUUCCUCAAUUUUUAAUUGAAUUUGCAAUGUCGAGUAUGUUGCAUGAUGAAUACUUUAGAAGUAUGUAAAUGGUUUUGUGUAUGAGAAGCUUUAGCAUGAAAAUCACCUUGAAGCUAAACCCAUUGAAAACAGUUGAUAUGUAACAGACAUUUGCUUCCUCUUUACAGUUGUCAGGAAAAUAGAAAUGCAACUGAAUCUCAAGUUCAAUUUCCUGGUCAUUUUCUGUAAACUCUAUCUCUUCUGAAUGGGUUAGAAUCUAAGCAAGUUGCCUGUUUUGAAUUCCAUCUGUUCCGAAUGGGUCAAGUUUAAACACAACAAGUUGCCUGCUGCUCUGCACCUUGUUACGAAUGAGACACAAAUUGUUUUAUAUUUGGUUGAAACUCACAGAAAACGACAUAUCAGUUUAUUGCAAAAUAGAGAUGUUUCUGUGAGUUUGAACCCAUGGCCACCUAGUGGUUACUGUGAUCAUGCGCUACACCACCAAUGUGUUCUAACAUGCAAUACUGUUGCCACCAUUUUAUAACUGUUUUGCAGAAAGGUAACUAGAUGUUGUAGAAUAUACAACUUACAAGGUUUCAUGUUUGUAUGGAGACACAAGGUUAAAUGUUCAUAUGGAGAAUUUCCCACAGUACGUUUUAAAAGUAUGUCCAGUUUUAUUGAAUUUUUAACUGAUUUUCAAUGAAAAACAUUAGGUUAAAGGGAAAAAUAUUUGAAUCUGAGGGGACCAUUUUAUGGUCUUAUCAUUCUAUGUAUUGAACAAUCAUUAAAAUUUCAGUGAGAUUGGACAGGAACUGUGGAAAGUAGAAUUAUAAAUAUUUUUUGGUACCAUACAUAUAGCCUCGCUAGCUUAGCGGUACUGGUACGCGUAAUGCUAAUACCUAUAUGUAUUUAACUAGCCUACAGUAUUUGUGAACGGAAUCGUGAAGUAAAAUGUAUCGUUGGCAAUGUUUUGGUUAUGAUCUUGUGGAGAGAUGUAUCGAUGUCACAUGUUCUGUAAAAACUGUAAAAAUGUGUAUAGUCUUGUUGAUCAAGCACAAGUUAGACGACGGAGGCGGAUGGAUACUUUUAUCCGGCGCCUGGCACUGAACUUAGAUAAUGUGCAAUGUAUUUGGUAAACAAUUGCUUGUUUUUAGUGCUACAUAUGACAUUUUUGUAUGUUUUGUGAUUUUGGAGCAGUUUGUUCUAAUACAUGUAUCCUGUGAGGAUAUGUUCUCAUGCUGAUGAUUCAGAUUUAUACUCUGGUUACGGUCCACUCUAGAUUUGCCAAAAUCCUUUGUGGCUGGAGAAAUUUAGGGGCGAAACGAACUGAAUUUUUAAAGUACCUUUGACGCCUUGAAAAUAUUUUGUCACAAGAUUUGAGCAAAGCUAUCGAGCCCUGUUUUAAACCUGUAUAUCAAUCGGAAUCACGACCGUGAUAUUGUGAAAUUGAGUAAAUUUGGGUAUUGCAUCAAGGGAUGUUUGAAUUACGAAUGAAAAUCUUCGAUGAUGAAAUGGGAAACGAUGGCCGCGUUGAUAAUUUGGUAUGUGCAUGCAAAGCAAGGCUGAAUGUUUUAACAGUGCGUGUUGGGCUUGAACCAUGCGUGGUUUGUGAAACCACUGUAGCUGCUUUCUUGUUUAUUUUUUGCGCUUGGAUAAAUAUCACAAUAAAAAUGGCCAGGGCCAUUGUGCUCACCUCAUGUGGAGGAAAGAUGGAUAAAGAGCAUGGUAUUGUGUCAUGUAGUGUUAGGUUUGAUGUAGGUCCAAGCAAUUACAAUUUCCCCAAAAUGGCCAAUUUACAAUACAUUCGACCUCUGUGACCUUGAAAAGUAGGUCAAAUCAAAGAAGACCCGGGUGACACAUUGAAUGGUUGUUAGAAUUAGAUGUACCUAUGAUAUAAAAUUGGUGCCAAUCGGGCAAGUCAUUACUAGGAAUAAUGGCAUUUUGAAGAAUUUAUGAUUUGGCCCCCUCCCUGGAGGCCAAACGGCAAAUCAGAUCGCACCAAACUUCGGUACCUGAGAUCACCUGACCAAGGGGUACAUGUGUACUUAAUUUGUGAUCAAUAGUCAUUGCAGUUAAGAAACGUGCCAUAGUUACGGCCUGACGGCGAAUUUACGCCAUUUGACCUCUGUGACCUUGACAAGAAGGUCAAAUUAAAAACCUGUGUGACAUAUACUGUAUGGUGGUAAGUUGUACCCAUGAUAUCAAAUUGGUGGCAAUCGGGCAAGAAGUUAAGGAAUAAUCACAUUUUUAAGGUUUUUGGAUUUUGCCCCCUGGUGGUCAAGUGGUGAAUCAUAUUGGACCAAACUUCGGUCCCUAAGAUCACCUGACUAAGGGGUAAAUGUGUACCAAAUUUGGUAUCAAUAGCCAUUGCAGUUUAGAAACGUGCCAUCGUUACAUCCUAACGGCCAAUUUACACCAUUUGACCUCUGUGACCUUGAAAAGAAGGUCAAAUCGAAAACCCGGGGGAUAUAUGAUGCACCUUUGCUAGAAGUACCUACCAUAUUUUUUUCAAAAUUUCCCGACUACUAUUAAGGGAGAUAUUGCAUAUUUUCACUUUUAACGUUUGGCCCCCUGGUGGCCAAACCAUGAAACGAAUCGGACCGAAACUUGGUCUCCAAGGUGUCAUUACAUAAGGGUACAUGUGUACCAAGUUUCAACUCAAUAGCUCUAACAGUUACGAAACGUGCCCUGCUAACGGACGACGGACGACGACGACGACGACGACGACGGACGACGGACGCCACGGUAUGGGAUAAGCUCACCUCUGCUAAGAGGUGAGCUAAAAAUGUAUCCAUAAAAUCCAAAUUAUAAUGCAUCACAUAAUGCUUUGGAUAAAUUUCACAAAAAUGUGUCCAUAAAAUCCAAAUUAUAAUGCAUCACAUAAUGCUUUGGAUAAAUUUCACAAAAAUGUGUCCAUAAAAUCCAAAUUAUAAUGCAUCACAUAAUGCUUUGCCAACAUGCGUGCUGCAUUUUUAAGGUGUAAUGCAUGUUGAAUAUCUAUGGUUGACUUUACUAAUCGGGGCCCGGUUGUUCAAGAUAAGUUUUGUCACUGAAAGCCUGGCAUUAAAUUGGCACUUGGAGUUACACCAGCAUUGGUGACAAAACUCCCCUUGAACAACUACAGUAAAACCUCUCUAUAAAGGACAGCAUCGGGACAGACAAAUGCUGUCCUUAAUAGAGAGGUGUCCUGAUUAGAGAGGUCAAAUUGAAUGGAAACAACCAAUUUGGGACCAGAACAAAUAGUGUCCUUGAUAAAGAGGUGUCCUUAAUAGAAGUGGGAGGUUCUACUGUACAUUGUAGGCCCAUUUUAUCCCAGUAUAUAUCGGUAACCAUUCUGUCCUUUUAUUUCCCAACAUAUCAAUUAUUUGCUGAAUUUUUUUCCUUGGAAGGUGUUAACCAGGAACUUGGGGCCGCACUUUUUAUACAUCUUAUAUUUUGGCUAACGCAAGCCUAAUUCACAGGAUGGGUCCAUUCUGGUUGGGGUUUUUUGGGGGUCUCAUUCUUUCAAAAGCCCCAUAGUUAUACCUUACAUAUCAACAUGACAAUCAUUUAUGAUCAUGAAUAUACUGAAAUCAAAAUGUUGAUACUUCAGGGUCUUCAAAUGAGUUUUUCAGAAAUCAUGCCUUUAUGAAUUUGCAACCUGAUUGCAAUGCAUUGGAUAUUGGUUCACACAAGGGGAUAACGCUGAAUGCAUAAUUUCAGUUCUAAGUUAAAUUUCUAUAUAACAGUUAUUUCUUGGCAUUUAUACUGUGCUUAUAUUCAUCUAGUUUUCACUUGAGUUGAUCUCUGUAACAUUAGAAUUCACCAAGCUUGAAUCCAAUGAGAUAUCCUGACAAACGGUCAUACUAAAACCGAGAGUAUUGCAUACUGGUACAUAGGUUAGAUUCACUUGCGAGUAUAAGGUUUUAGUGCCUUAUGAAUGGAGGAUCUGGGAUCUGGGAAAAAUACCUGUGUUCAGUUGCUUUUGAAAGAUUUAUGUCAUCUUGGGGGAAACGUUACUAUGGUUACUAUACUCUGUAUCUAAUUUUAGUAUCCUACAUACUCACGCAUACUGUAGCCAUUUCACGUAUGUUAUGAAUAUAUCUAUCAUUAUAUUUAAUUUAUUUUCAGUGCUAUGCAGGGAACAUUGCACACCUAUUUAUUGUGUUCCUUUUUGAUAGAAUUUUGAUUAUUUUGGUAGUAAUUCAGCUGCUCGUACAUGUAUUAACUGCUAAGUCAUCAAUUUUCAUGACUUUAAAUCGACUCACUAUCAUUGCUAUAUGUAUCAUAAUAUAAGCUGCAAUUGCGAAACUGCUCAUAAGCAGACACAUUAGAUAUACAUGUAUUGUAAAUGGAUGAACUACACUGCUUCACGACAGAACACUACAUAAGUCCACUUGGAGUAUCAGAAAUGCUGUCAGAAUCUGCUGAAGUUUUUUUCUAGAAUCGUGUUCAAAUCUGCAUAAAGCUUCCAUGGCUUGUGCUUGUUUUUCUGUCUUUGGCAUUUCACCCUGGGAAAUAACAAUUCUUAACACCAGGCAUUACGAGCCAAAUCCAGGUUCCAAGUCGGAUAUACAGUCCGAAUCACAAUUGACAUCCCUGGUGCGUCAUUGGCGCGUAACUCAUGUACGUUGCGCGUCACUGACCCAAAGCAGGACGGAGGUCAGUUGUGAUUACCUGGAGACACCAAUUGGACCCACUUAGCUCCUGCCUAUAGUCCCCCUUAGAUAAAGUGAUUGUCUACAAUUCACAUGAGAUACUCCAAAGGCUUGUUGACACUAGUUCACUUACCAAUAAGACAUUGAAAUCAGAGUAAGGAAUAGAAAGACCAGGGGAUUGAUCACAUGGUGUAAGUUUUGUAGUUGAAUUUAACGUUAUAGUGUACCAAAAUAAAGGCCUCAUCUUUUUCGGGGUACAUUCAGCAUUUCUCUUGAAUGGUCUUGAUGUUUAAAUCAUCAAUAUCGAAGAGAGAAGUUUCGUGUCUGCUCUAUUGACUUGCGUCAUCACACUUUUUGUGCCAACACUCAUAAAAUGUAGCUUAUAGAAUGACCUCAAAACCUGUUACUGGAAUGAACGAGGUCUUCAUUUCAUUUAUAACCUUUCCACGGCGCCUGUACCAUUUAUAUACAAUUUUUAUUGAAUUUAUUAAAUAGCCAUACUUUCUGUAUAGA